AAUGAAGUAAAGAAGAAGAAGAAAAACUACAAACACGCAGGCGCAGGUUUGCUGACCUUCCGUGGUAGUUCUUAAGCAAGCAUGGCGUCCCCGACACUAACGAAAGGACUUUUGUUGCUACGACAGCUACGGACUUUUACAGUCGGAUACUCCAGUGGUGGAUAUCAAUAUACCACUGCAGCGGCUCUUAAAUCACCUCAACCUCACAUUAACGAUGUUCCAGAAAAAGUAAUGACUCUGCCACUUGAGAAGCCGGACUUUUUCCGUGUGUCAGAGCUCUUCUCGUUGAAAGACCUAUUCGACGCCAGAGUGCAUCUUGGCCAUAAAAAAGGUUGCAGGCACAGGCUUAUGGAGCCAUACCUCUAUGGCAGCCGUUUGGAUCAAGACAUAAUUGAUCUUGACCAGACUGUGGAGCAUCUUCAGCAAGCCCUGAACUUCACUGCCCAUGUAGUGUACCGCGGCGGCAUCAUACUUUUCGUCAGCCGCCGGCGUCAAUUUGGACACCUGGUUGAGAGCACUGCAAAGGACUGCGGGGAGUAUGCCCAUACACGGUACUGGCAGGGUGGUCUCCUUACCAACGCCCCUAUCCAGUAUGGCCCAGGAGUCCGCUUACCAGACCUCAUCGUUUUCCUGUCCACUCUGAACAAUGUGUUUCAGCAACAUGUGGGGAUCAGAGAUGCAGCGAAGAUGAACAUUCCCACUGUAGGUGUGGUGGACUCGAACUGUAACCCCUGCCUGGUGACGUACCCUGUGCCUGGGAAUGAUGACACUCCAGCUGCCAUGGAACUGUACUGUCGCUUAUUCAAGAUGACUAUCAACCGUGCCAAAGAUAAAAGAAGACAGAUGGAGCUACUGCAUGGCCUGUCAGCACCCUCUACACCAAGCUCAUGACAUAAUAUAUUCUAUAUAAGAGACAUUAAAAAUGUAUUUUAAAAGAUAAGACUGUUUGUGCUCCCUGUCAUUGUGCAUCUGCAUUUGGAAAAGAUCUGAUCUGUGUUUGGGGCUGAGUUGAAUUAGCCACAGUGCUGUCUUAUAUUUAGACUGAAGUUGUGUGUAUAUUACUCAUUAAUGAAUCUUAUUUCUGUAACAUGACUUUCUCAUUCUAACUUAACAUUGUUCUUUACCCUUAAGGUUUGUAUAGACCUAACUGUUAUGCCCCACUGGUGACCAAGGACUAUGUUUACAUGGAUAAUCAAACCCUUUGUGCCACUGUCGUGUUCGUGUUCACGCUCACGUGCUGUAGAACAGCGCAAAUGACUAAAACCUCUUACAUCAUA